AUGACAUCCAGAGAACCAAAGACAAGUCUCAAAAAUGCCUACCCAUCUGCCAAGAGGCUGCUGCCGAAGGUGGAGGGGGAGGUAGAAGCAGAGGACUACUGUACCCCCGGAGCCUUUGAGCUGGAGCGUCUCUUCUGGAAGGGCAGUCCCCAGUACACUCAUGUCAACGAGGUCUGGCCCCAGCUCUACAUCGGCGAUGAAGCUACGGCACUGGACCGCUACGGGCUGCAGAAGGCGGGCUUCACGCACGUGCUGAAUGCAGCCCACGGCCGCUGGAACGUGGACACUGGGCCCGACUACUACAGCGACAUGGCCAUCGAAUACCACGGUGUUGAGGCGGACGACCUGCCCACCUUCGACCUCAGCGUCUUCUUCUACCCGGCGGCCGCUUUCAUCGACGCAGCGCUCAGCCACGACCACAGUAAGAUCCUGGUUCACUGUGUCAUGGGCCGCAGCCGUUCAGCAACCCUGGUCCUGGCCUACCUGAUGAUUCACAAGAACAUGACCCUGGUGGACGCCAUUCAACAAGUGGCCAAGAACCGCUGUGUCCUACCCAACCGGGGCUUUCUGAAGCAGCUCCGGGAACUGGACAAGCAGCUGGUGCAGCAGAGGCGACAGGCCAAGCACAGUGACAACAGUGAGAAGGCUGGUGAGAAGGAGCCAUAGCACCCCUAGCAGGGCACACAGAGAGACUCGGGAACGGAG